CAUCACUCCACUCCAGAGAAUCAAGCCAGGAUGCCAUUCGGCCAGCUUGUCAUAGGCUCGCCCGGCUCCGGCAAAUCGACGUACUGUCGUGGGCUGCAGGACUUCCUAGGCGCCCUCCGUCGCCCUAAUGUCCACAUCGUCAACUUGGAUCCUGCAAACUCCACGACUCCUUACCGCAGCUCAAUAGAUAUCAAUGCGCUCAUAUCCGUCCACGACAUCAUGGCCGAGCUUGGACUAGGACCAAAUGGAGCAAUGCUCUACGCAAUCGAGUACUUGGAAGCCAACUUCGAGUGGCUGUUGCAGAGAUUGAAGGAGCUCGGAGAUGAGGCGUACGUCGUCUUCGAUCUGCCGGGACAGGUUGAGCUCAGCACAAACCAUCCUAGUCUGACACGCAUCGUCAAGCGGCUGGAGAAGGAAGCCGGGUGUAGGCUAGUGGCCGUCCAUCUCGUCGACGCGACACACGCCCUUGACGCUCAGCGGUAUGUCUCUUUGCUGUUGCUCUGCCUACGCGCCAUGCUCCACCUCGAGCUUCCCCACCUCAACGUGCUCAGCAAGGUGGACCUCCUGGGUCCUCUAAGUGGCGGGGAGCUGCCUAUGCCACUCGAGAAUUAUACCGAUCCAGAUGCUGAGGUUUGGCGGGAGGUCCUGGCUGGGGAAGGACAGCAGAGCGGUAGCGACGACGACUCGGAUGCCGAAACAGCAGGCGCAGGUCCCUCCUCCCGACGCCCUCCGCGCACCAGCAUCCGGCCACGUAGACGAUACGACGCCCUCAAUGCUCGUUUGGUCGACGUCAUCGAGGACUUCUCCCUGGUGGGCUUCGAGACCCUGGCGGUCGAGGACAAGGAGAGUAUGUACCGCCUUGUACGGACGGUGGACAAGGUCGGCGGAUGGGUCUUCGUCCACGCCGGGGAUGAGGGCGGCGCUGAGGAUGGAGAGGAUGAUGAAGCUAUGCCACCCGAAUUGAGACGGGCGCUGAUGGAAGACGAGCAAGAGAGAAGAAGAGCUGCGGGCGAGCCAACCGGACCCGCGGGAGGAGGAGGGCAAAGGAAUGGUGCCGCAGCGGCAGAAGCAGCAUCAGCGCUCUCCCUCUUCACAACUCUAGAUAGCGGCAUUGUACCCGGAUGGGGCCGGCCAGAGGACGUAGAGGAGAGAUACAUUACCUCGUUCAGGCGCAAGACUGCUGCGGCGCGAGCUCAGGACGAUGGGGAGAGAAUGGAGCAAGACGACGGGGUCCGAGGCAAAGACGGGUCAGGCGAUGUCGACGAAGAAGAGUUCCAGCGUCAGGAGGAGGCGAGGAUUUAUGCUGCGUAUCGGGAAUGGAAGGCGGAGCAGGAGGGCAGAAAGGGCGGCAAUGCGGAGCAGAGACAGGGAGCUGCUGAUGAUCAGCAGGCGGCUGUACAGAGAGCGACGGCCUCAAGACGCGUAGGCAAUAUCGAGAUCAAGGAGAGGAGUCGGUCGAAAGCAGGCCAGCCAGCGGCGAUGGGCAUGCAGUGAAAUGCUUGUACUCCUGCAUGCAAUGAAAUGCUUGUACUCCUGCC